CUUGCCCCUUCAGACUUCUCGCCAGCAUCUCCUCCUUUCUUCACAGUACACUCACUCUACCGCAUACACGACUUGCUCUUGUUAUCAUCGCCGCUGAAGUCGGAUGGUGCGACGUUAAAGUGUCAAGCUUGCCCAACUGUCAACCUACCAACUUCAAGACCUCGUUGUUUUCUGGCCAUCAACACUCAAGGAUCCGUUUCAGUCCUCGACUCAACUAACCGAACUCGCUGUCUCGGGAUGGCAGACCUCUUUGGCCACAACUUUACUGGGUCCAAUGAUCCGAACUGGGUUCCAGAGCCCGACCGCCGUGGCACUUUCAACAUUCUUUCAACAUGCCUUGUUACGCUGGGUCUGUGCGUGUGGACAGCAAUUCACCUCAAUGUCCCUGAACACAAGGAAGGAUGGGUAAAACAGCUGGUCCGAAAGGUCGGGUGGAUGUUGAUGGGUCUCUUGAGUCCGGAAGCGGUAGCGGUGCGCAGAUUGCAUAUACAGCUUAUCAACAAUACAACCAGGCCCAAGAAAUUUCUCAGGCCAUGAAUGGCGGGAACAGUCCUUCCGUGUACGCCCGUCUCCGUCGUCGCAUUCGGGAUAGAGGUCUCUGGGGCUUCGUCACGUCCCUAUUUACAUCCUCAAACAGUAUUGAAGAUCAGGCAGUCGGUGUUCCCAAAUGGACUAUUGCUCAUGGAUUUCUUGCUGUCAUGGGGGGCUUUGCGAUUGAGAUUAACGAGAUCGGAAAUGCCAACCAACGACGAGUCAAGAACUUCCUGCCCAAGAAGGCGACAGGGGCCCCGCGAACUCGCCUUACUUUAACUCCAGAAGCUCUGCGAGUCUUGAAGGAAGAAGGACUGGAAGAUUUAAUACCGGUUCUGCCAAGAGAGAGCAUUGUCGACAAGAGCAAAGGGAGCACAUUUGCAAAAGCACUGGUUUGUUUUCAAGCGUCAUGGUUCUGCAUAGGGUGUGUCAACAGAUUUGCUCAGGGCCUCUCAAUAAGCUUAUUGGAACUCAAUACUCUUGGGCACGCUCUAUGCACCCUGGUCAUCUAUGUUAUGUGGUGGCACAAACCACUCGAUGUCGGUGAACCGGAAAAGAUAUCCCUCGAUGCAAGCUUGACCGGCGAGGACCUUAUAAACGGUUCUAAACUCAUUGUGGCAAUGUGUGUCAGGAGCAAACUUGAUGACACAUUGAGCGAAGCCGUGAAUCUUUACGAAGAACCGGAGGCCUUCGUGUUCGACGUGGAAUACAAGUAUCUUGAGCAAACAGCUUCUUUCGGCUGCACAAUCAAUAAGAACAUCGCGGUAUUCCCAGAAGACCUCGAUGCUGCUUACCCAAAUGACUUCGAUCAGCUUGACGGAAUGUCCGAACAAAAGCCCUAUCUUAUACACAGUCUCGUGCAUCCACCACUGAUGCAAAAAUUCGCGUUAAAGAAGAGCAACAUCAACGGUUGCUCCAGAGUCCAACCACACAUUCGCCAUCAAUUGUAUUAA